AUGAUAUGGCAAUUCUCUUGGCUGCUUCUUGCAGCAACUGUCCAAGCGGCCUCUCUGUCCCUUCAGUCUCCUCGUUUCACAAUUAGCGCAUCAGAUGCGACCCAGCUGCGCUCGGACACCCUGUCCCUGACCAAAAAACCAGAGCCUUUGACUCUCGGCGCAACUGACACCCUUAAGCUUACGUUCCAAAUAACGGAGAGUGACGAGGGCAAAGGUGUCCAACCGCACCAGACCUUCCUCCGAUUCUAUGACAAGGAGUCGGGCGAGGAGGGCAUUCAGCCUGUUCGCGUAACCCCAGGAGGAAAGGCUAAAUUUGAGCUGAACAUGAUGCGCCCACCUGCGUCCAUUCCGCCAACUACGCACAACCCCCUUGAGGUCUCGCUUAUCCUGGGCUCCUUCGUACACGCGCCUGCACAAUACGACCUUUUUGACCUUUACAUACCUGCCUCCCAGACUCCCGCUGAACACCCCGAUGAAGCCUCAUUCCACGUCCUCCCCGCCAUCAAGCAUACCUUCCGCCCUGAACAGAAGUCACCUCCUCAGUUUAUCUCUGCCGUAUCUGCAGCGGCUUGUACUGUCGCCUUGGCUCGUGUUAAUCGGAUUGGUUGGAGUAAAAUUGGCGUCAGGGUCCCGAAGCUCUUUUCACUUAGCAUCGUGCCCUUCACUGCCCUCCUCGGCGCCUUUGAAGUGCUACUUGUCUGGUACUGGGUGGAUCUCAAGCUUGGUCAGGUCCUUCUGUACGGAGGCAUCCUUGCCAUUCCAACCGUGUUCGCUGGUAAGCAAGCUCUGUAUGCGACUGGAGAAUGGAGAGCCGGUCGGAAGUAA